AGUCCCUGACUGAUUUAUAUCCAGGGUUGGUUUUGCUGCACAGUCCAAACAUGAAGGUGCUUCGAUCAUUUGGUGACUCUAGAUCACCCUGAGGUGGAUCAGUGGAAGAUGAUGGAUGAAAAAAUGAUUUAUUAGUUUUGUCUGACCAUCUUCCCUCUGAAUGUCCCAUUUAACACUAUUAUAAAAGAAAACCAUCAAAAGGAGCCAGUCUUCACAUUAGAAGGCCAAGUCCUCUCCAUCUGUGCUGGGGAAUUUCAUGUUGUUGUGGAUGGUCGUCAGUUCUGUUGUCCCAAGGUGCUUUAUAGAGUAAGGUAGAGGGAACCCCGGUCCCUUGUGACUUGGUGACAGUGGGAUAAAAGAAGUCCCCUUUAUCAGGUCGGUCUCUGGUGGAAGCAGGCUCGGUGCCGUCUGCCACAGCAGGCUGGAGAAGUAAAGAGAAGACGUGAGCAACGCUGAAAGGUGUUCCUCUGUACUAAAAGAGUUUUGGGAUACAGUUGUUGCUUUGCUGUCUGCACACACAUGCUGUAUAUUAUUGUCUGAAGAGCAGCUGCUGCUGAGUACAGCAGUCUGUGUGCAGCGAGCCUCUCAGAUCAUGCACUCUGAUUUUGUUGGUAAAUGCUGGAUUGCCCUCACUCUGUAGGACUGCAGUCGAACUGCUUCAGAUGGGGGCUGGCAGCAAAUCCCGUUCACCAUUUUGCAACUAAGUGAGUCCCUUUGCAUGGAGGAGAAUCCAGUAGUGGAAACAGAUGUGUGCAUUCAUUGGAGAACCAAGCGAGCUCAAUCCAGCUGUGAAAUGGAGGAUUAAAAGGCAAAGCACUUAGACUCGUCGCUGUGAUCUGAUGAUGGGACAGGGUGCUGCUGGGAGUGACUGCAGCCCUGGAGGCUGAUGAAUCUGCUCCAUCAGCCAGUCAGGAUGCACAUAGCUUCAGUCGGGGUCAGCAAGUUCUGCUUCCUGUUUUCUCUCGCGUUCUGCGGCCUCCUGCUCCUGCUCAUUCCAGCUCUCCGGCCCCCUGCACGCCAGGUGGAGCUGCCUAAGCCCCGACCCCAGGUCAGACCUGCCCAGGUGGGGACGUCACACCAAGUCAGGGUUCCAGCAGGUUUUUUACAUGUUGGGGACAAAGAAAUAACGGCAGGUCUUAACAGGAGCUCAGAGGGGCUGGGGAAACCCAUCAAAACUGAAAUUAGCAUUAACAGCAGUCCCAAAACAGGAAAGGGUGUCAGAAGAAUCCCUGAGAGAGGCGUUGGUGGACCUCGAGAGUAUAAGUCACGUGACAAGUUGGAGCUGAAGGACAUUUUUGUUGCAGUAAAGACAACCAGGAAGUAUCACAAGUCCAGACUGGAGCUGCUCAUUCAGACCUGGGUGUCUCAAGCUAAAGAACAGACUUUCAUUUUCACUGAUGGUGAUGACAAGGAGCUGCAAAUGAGGACUGGAGCUAACAUCAUCAACACUAACUGCUCAGCAGCUCACACCCGACAGGCUCUGUGCUGCAAGAUGUCUGUAGAGUACGAUAAAUUCAUCGAGUCUCAGAGGAAGUGGUUCUGCCACGUGGAUGAUGACAACUACGUGAUCCUGCCCAGCCUGCUGCGGCUGCUCUCGUCUUACCACCACAGCCAGGACGUCUACCUGGGCCGGCCCAGUCUGGAUCACCCUAUAGAGGCUGCAGAGAGGGUCAAGAGUGACGGUUCGGUGUCUGUCAAGUUCUGGUUUGCCACAGGUGGAGCAGGUUUCUGUAUCAGUCGAGGUCUGGCCCUGAAAAUGAGUCCGUGGGCCAGUUUGGGGAAUUUCAUCAGCACAGCAGAGAAGAUCCGACUUCCAGAUGACUGCGCCAUCGGCUACAUCAUCGAGGCGCUGUUGGAGGUCGCUUUGACACACACGCACCUUUUCCACUCUCACCUGGAGAACCUGCAGAAGCUGCCCAUUGACACUGUGCUGGAGCAGGUGACUCUGAGUUACGGAGGGUUUGAGAACAGAAGAAAUGUAGUCGGUGUGGUUGGAGGGUUUUCACUGGCUGAGGACCCCACAAGGUUUAAGACGGUCCACUGCCUUCUGUAUCCUGACACUGAGUGGUGUCCAGAGCUCAAACCGCGCCACAGAAACUGAAUUCCAGUGUGAACAUUUAUCCUGCAGAGUCGCUCUGAACUCUCUCUGAUAUUCAUUAAACACACAGUGAAGCCUUAAAAACGGAAGCCAAAGAAGCUGCUUGAAGACCAUCCAGGCCUGCAGAGCAGAGUUUCUCCACUUCUAACACGCUUUUAAGAGUCGACCUUCUCUCAAUUCAACAUAUAUUUGUAGCAUGUUUUUUAUGGUCGAGCGGAAGCUGAAAAGGUGAAGUUCAAGAACAGCGCUCAGGACGACAAUGAGGUGUUCACUUUUGCAUCUACACCGAACAUGAACGUGAGUGGAUGACACAUGAUGAUCUUAGAAAGCCUCUCUGAGACCCUCAGUGACCCUGGUUGAGCUCCGGGUAACCGCGGGACGAUUAUCUGUGAGUGACUGUGACUGUUGCUAAAGUCACGCUAACACAGUAACAAUGAUGGACAGCUGGUGUACAAAUGCUUCAUGCGUGUGCAGGUUGUGCGUCGUUCAAGCCAACAAAGCCAAAGUUGUUUUUAAAGGGCGACGGUAAAGCCGAGGGGAAAAUCAUGACUGUAAAACGCAGCCUCUCUUCCCCCUGAGCUCGGCGAGUUUAGGUCAACAGCUCUUACAUGACAGAUGUAUGUGGAAACCUCUCUGUUCCUGUUACUUUGGUAAAUCCCUGACUGGAGUUUAAAAGCUUUUUAAAAAGUAUUAAAACAGUUUGAAGGAGGUAGAAGAUUGUUGGUUGGCUGUUUCAGCUGCGGUCUGAAGAAGCAUGAGGUCUAUUAUUGUGACGCCUGUUUUCUAGGGGUGCAACGAUACACAAAAUUCAUGGUUCGGUUCGAUACUUUGGUGUCACGGUUCAAUAUUUUUUCGAUACAAAAAAAUGUUCAUGCCUUUUU